AUGCGUAUAUCCAACUACAUACUGCUGUUGACCGCUGUGUUGACCUGGCAAGUCACCGCAGCCCUAACCUCUAAUGAAAACUCGGCUCAUCUCCCCGUCGUGGACUUAGGCUAUGAAUUCCACCGCGCCCUCUGGUACAACCCCGACACCGACCUCUACAAAUUCCAAAACGUCCGCUACGGCCGGUCCCCCACCGGCAACCUCCGCUUCCGCGCCCCUCAAUCCCCUCUUGAGAACCGCACGGUCGUACAGACCGGCGCCGGAACGCGCAUAUGCCCGCAAGGUCAGCCCCAAUGGCAGGCCAAGACGCAAAUGGCCAUAGGCAAGUACUCGAACCCGACGGUGCCCUAUACCUUGGAGGGCUGGGUCGAGGCAAUCAAGAACGGGAUGGUGCCGCCGGUGAAUAUUAACGCAAAUGCGACCGAGGACUGUUUGUUGCUGGAUGUGCAUGUUCCCAAGAAGGUGCUUAAGGCAAAAGGGAAGGAGGAUAAGGAGGGUGUGCCAGUGCUUGUGUUCAUCCACGGCGGCGGCGGCGUCUUCGGCUCCAAAGACGGCUCUGGCCCUACCCUCUUCGAACCCUCGGGCAUCCUGGCCCAGGCCCGAUCUGCCUUUAACCAGGAUUUCGUCUUCGUCACCCUCAACUACCGUCUCGGCGCCUUUGGCUGGCUCAACAGCGCCGAGGUGCUUGCCGACGGCGACGCCAACGCGGCCCUCCUCGACCAGCGCUUCGCCCUCCAGUGGGUUCAGGAGCAUAUUCACUUGUUCGGCGGAUCCAAAGACCACGUGACGAUCAUGGGAGAGUCUGGGGGUGGUAGUUCGGUUCUUCGUCACUUGAUUGCUGCUGGUGCAGAUCAGAAUCGGCUGGCUGCUUCAUGUAAGCCGAUGAAGAAGUUAUUCCACCAGGCUAUCUCGCAGAGUCCGGCUGAUGUGCCCGUGGCGACAAGCGACCCAGAUGAGCUCUACGACGGGUUCCUCAAGAUCCUCAAUGCUGAGAACUUGGAUGCCGUCAGGUCUAUGUCUUCCGCUGCAGUCAUCGCCGCCAACGCCGCCCAGGUCGCUGCCUUUCCCCACACAAACUAUGUUCACGCCCCCAUCGUCGACUCCAACACCUCGUUCGGUCCCGUGAUCAAGUCCCUGCAGGAAGGCAAGUUUGAUAAGUCGGUGAAAGUAAUGGCUGCGCACAAUAUCUUCGAGGGCGGGUUCUUCUUCGAUCCGAACGUAAAGACAGAUGGGGACUUUGCUGAGUGGUUGAAGAGGUCGCUCCCGGGGCUGGGUGGAGAGCAGAGGGAGGAGUUGGCGGAGAAAAUCUAUCCACCUGUCUAUGAUGGGUCGUUGGGAUAUGUGGACAUGAACACCAGGCAGAUGAAAGUUUGGGGUGAGUCGGCCAUUGACUGUGCCUUCAACGCCAUCAGCCAGGCUACCAAGGACAAGAGCUACGCUUACGAAUUUGGUGUCUCCCCUGGUUUCCACAUCCAGGACCUCUCCUACACCUUCGGCACUCCUGCCACCGCCAUGCGCCCGUCUCAAAAGUCUCUUCAACUCGCCAUCGCCAGCUUUGUCCUGAAGGGUGUGCCAGUCCUGGAGGGCGGAAAGGAGUUCCCCAUCUUCGGUGACAAGGGCCUACUGGUUAAUAUCACGGCUGUGGGGGCCAUGCCUUCAGUGCCGAAUAAUCUCAACCAGACCAGGUGUAAGUGGUGGAUGUCAAUUGCCUAA